AUGUUGUGUGCGCUUCGCCGGCAUGGAGUCGCGCAAGUCCUGCGGACUUCUACCUCUCGAUUCUUCGUUGCGAGAUCGACUCCCCAGCUGCUGAAAUUGCAGCCCUCGACUGGCAGCCCGGUUGCUUUCCCUCAGAUUCAUCGAUCGUUGCAUGUUUCUGCUACCCGGUUUCAGGCUGCCCAGGCGGAGGCUGUGGCCAGCGAGGAGGAGCCUGCCACACCCCAGCGAUUGACCGAAUUCGCGGACCUGGCAAACCAUGGAUUGGUGGAUAAGAAGAUCAUUGAUCAGAUUACCCGGUUUAUGAAGAUCAAGACCAUGACCGACGUGCAAAGCAUGACUAUCAAUGAGACUUUGCAGGGUGAUGAUGUCCUGGCCCAAGCGAAGACCGGAACAGGAAAGACUCUGGCCUUUCUCGUUCCCGUGAUUCAGAAUAUCAUGAAAGACAUACAGCCUCAGCCUCAGCCUCAGGCCAGAGGUUCGUACAGACGGCGCGCCCAGUCCAGCGAUAUCCGAGGCAUCGUCAUCUCGCCUACCCGUGAACUGGCCGAGCAGAUUGCAACGGAAGCCGUGAAGGUGUCACGUGGUACUGGAAUUGUUGUGCAGACGGCGGUUGGUGGCACGCAGAGACGCGAGAAGCUCCGGGCUAUCCAAAGGGAAGGAUGCCACCUGCUGAUCGGUACCCCGGGACGGUUGAAGGAUAUCUUAUCUGAUCCGACUACCGGUGUCACAGCCCCACGCCUGUCUUCUUUCGUUUUGGAUGAGGCUGAUCGCCUCUUGGAUGAUGGAUUUGCACCGGACAUUAUGGAGAUCCAAACCCUUCUUCCUAACCGCGACGAGGUUGACCGCCAGACGCUCAUGUUUUCGGCUACUGUUCCCAGAGAGGUCAUGGCCAUGGUUCGUAAAACGAUGAAGCGUGAUUUCAGAUUCCUGAAGACGGUUCAGGAGGAUGAGGUGCCAACUCAUUUCCGGGUGCCGCAGAAGGGUAUCGUUCUUCCUGGACUGGAGAAUGCCCUCCCUGCGGUCCUUGAAAUGGCCCAAACCCAAUGGGCUCAGCGGUCAGAAGACCGCAGCCAGCGUCCUUUCAAGGCAAUUGUCUACUUCAACUCAACUUGUGAAGUCAAGCUUGCUUUUGAUGCUUUCAUGCACUUGCGCCGUCAAAGGAAAAUGGGCGGAAUGGCGAUCUAUGAUAUCCACUCGCGUCUGACUCAAGCUGCGAGAACAAGAAACGCAGAUGGUUUCCGGCAAGCUCGCUCUGGAAUCCUCCUUUCGUCUGACGUGACUGCCCGUGGAAUGGACUUUCCAGAGGUCACCCACGUCAUCCAAGUCGGUGUUCCUCGCGACACUCCCACAUACAUCCACCGUCUGGGUCGUACUGGACGCGCAGGCAAGGAGGGUGAAGGAUGGAUUAUGUUCCACGAGGGUGAAAUGCGGACUUUCCGGAACAAGCUCGGUGAACUCCCCAUCGAAAUGGACGAAACCUCCCUCCUCACCUCCAAAGUCGACUUGACCGACGACCAGGCCGAACACCCGGCCGCCGUGUUUGAAAUCCUGGCCCAGAUGCAGGACGCAAUGGAGAACUCCCCGGCCAGCUCCAAGGAAGAAGCUUACAAAUCGCAAUUCGGUUCCCUUCUGCCGUCCUUCUACAACAAGUCCGCUGCAGUUGAUGCCAUGAACAAGCUUGCCGUGCACGGCUACGGCCUUUCGAACCCGCCGCACAUGUCUCCCAUGCUCCUCGAAAAAAUGGGACUUAACAGAAGCCGGGGAGUCAGAUCAUCGGACCGUUCGAUGGGUGGUCGGGGCCGAGCGAUGGAUCGCCCCCCUAUGCGUGGAGGCAUGGACCGUCCUCGUUUCGUCGAGCACAGUCGGGGCCGCCGUGAUGAUGGCAACGCCUGGAACAACAGGCGUGGUGGCGGAGAGUUUCGUGAGAGGAGUGGUGGUCGCAAUCGCGAUUCCUGGGGCGGCCGUGGUCGGUACUAA